AUGAAUCCUCAGCACUCUUCCUUGAGGCCUAACAGGUCCAGCAGUUUGAAAUCUAGGUUCACACAAGGGUUUCUUCGAGCUCUGAAGAGAUUAAACAGGCAACCACCACCACCAUCAUCAUCACCGCCACAAACUGCAUCGUCUCGGAUGGAGAUGUGCAGACGAUAUCUGAGAAUUAGGAUUGCUGCUGAUGCAUCCAUGGCUUCAGCUGUUGGGUCUAGAAGAGCUUGGAGUCGUGCUUUGCUUCUCAAGAUUCGAAGCAGCAGACAAUCCCGGUCCUCUAAUUCAUCUACCAGAAGAAUAAGCAUGAAAACGAAAUGCUUAGGGAAGAAGAUGAAGAAGAAGAAGAAGAAGCUCAAGUGUAGUAAGGAGAUCACCGAUCUUCGGAAGUUCGUACCUGGUGGCGAAGCCAUGGAUGCUUGCAGUUUGUUGGAUGAGGCUGCUCACUACAUAAGGAGCCUCAGCACUCAGGUACAGGUGAUGAAAAGGAUUGCGGAUGUUUACUCUGUUAAUUAA